GAAGGAUCGAAACAGCAAAUACUAAUACAUACAUAUAAUUGAAGUAGGCAGAAUAUUUGUAUACAUUCAACAAACCUACAUGCACCUACUAAACCAUGAUGGAACAGCAAGUACAUAAAGCAGCUCGGACGAGGGAUGUUACUACGCUUAGCAAUAUAUUGCUGAUCGAUGAAUCACAAAUUGAUACUUUAGACGAGGAUGGUUGGACACCGCUGCACUCGGCAUCGUUAUCUGGGUACAAGGACGUGGUUGAGCUGUUGCUGGCCAAGGGUGCGGAUAUCGAUGUCAAAGCCAACGAUGGUAGGACGCCGCUGUUUUCGGCAUCGGAGACUGGACACAAGGACGUGGUUGAGCUGUUGCUGGCCAAGGGUGCGGAUAUCGAUGUCAAAAACAACGUAAGUGGAUACUAA